UCGUCGAUGUUGUCGCGUGUCGCUUUGCCGCGGUUUUUCCUUAUCGCGCAGCUCGCUACGCAAGCACAAUUAUAAAAACGUAUCGCAUUUGAAAAUCACAAUUUAUUACUAUUUAAGCUGUUAAUUUGUGUUUUAAAUUAUUAAAAAAGUGCAUGGCCCUAUUGAAGGUUCAAGUGUUGAUAUUGGCGUAAGCGAAAACAUGCAUGGAAUUAUGUGAAAAUUCUAGUUGCCAGUGUGCUCCCUCCCCCCAAGUACAUAUAUAAAUAUAUGUAUAUUACUUAUGUCUGUGAUUGAUCAGAUGAUUCAGUUACCAAUAUAAAAAAUACGAAAGAAGAAAAAUAAAAUGUGAAUAUAUCUGUGAAAAGAAAUCUCAACGCUGCGCACAAUUGCUUCGAUUAUAAAAUACGACAAAACGCUGCUGCUGAUAUUGAUACGCAACACAGCAGAAGCAAAAGGACGAAGACGAAGGAGCACAACGAGGACAACGACAAAUCUGUGCAAUUAACUCGUAUAACCGGCCGCAAGCAAAACAAUAGCAAACAACAGAAAGGAAUCGGAGGGGGCUAAACCCCACCCCUAGAGAGAGAACGAGAGAGAGACAUACACACAUCACGCACUAGCGACUAGCAUACGCUAUUAGCACGUGUCUCCACACCCCUCCCCCCUCUCCGCGCCGCGUUUCAUCAUGGGCGACAAUAUAAUUGGCUCGGCGAGCUUCCUUCACUUGGGCGACAUUGUUUCGCUUUAUGCGGAGGGCAGCGUGUGCGGUUUCUUGAGCACACUCGGCUUGGUGGAUGACCGAACGGUUGUGUGUCCCGAGGCGGGAGAUUUAAGUUGUCCACCCAAAAAGUUUCGAGAUUGCCUUAUUAAAAUAUGUCCCAUGAAUCGAUAUUCCGCACAGAAGCAAUUCUGGAAGGCAGCCAAGCAAUCAGCCAGCUCCAAUACAGAUCCCAAUCUGCUAAAGCGAUUGCAUCACGCAGCGGAGAUUGAGAAGAAACAGAAUGAGACCGAAAACAAGAAGCUACUCGGCACCUUUAUACAAUAUGGACGCGCUGUGGUGCAGUUGCUCCACUUGAAGUCCAACAAGUAUCUGACGGUGAACAAGCGUCUGCCAUCGCUGCUGGAAAAAAAUGCAAUGCGUGUUUAUCUAGAUGCCAAUGGCAAUGAAGGUUCUUGGUUCUACAUCAAACCCUUCUACAAGCUGCGCUCCAUUGGCGACUAUGUGGUGGUGGGCGAUAAAGUGAUUUUGAGCCCGGUGAAUGCGGAUCAACAGAAUCUGCACGUGGCUGCCAACUACGAGCUGCCCGAUAAUCCCGGCUGUAAAGAGGUAAACGUACUCAACUCAUCGACAUCGUGGAAAAUCUCGCUGUUCAUGGAGCACAAGGAGAAUCAGGAGCACAUACUCAAGGGCGGUGAUGUGGUGCGACUCUUUCACGCCGAGCAGGAGAAGUUCCUUACGAUGGACGAGUACAAGAAGCAAUACCAUGUCUUCCUGCGCACCACAGGACGCACCAGCGCCACGGCGGCAACGAGCAGCAAAGCGCUCUGGGAGAUCGAGGUGGUGCAGCACGAUUCAUGUCGUGGCGGUGCAGGCGACUGGAACUCAUUGUACCGCUUUAAGCACUUGGCCACAGGCCAUUAUCUGGCUGCUGAAUCUGAGUUGGAUGUAGCUGCUGGUGUGCUGCCAAUGAAUGUGCACGAAUCGCUGUUGCAGGACUCGGGACUCAGCUGCACCAUGAACUCCACAAUGAAUGACAAACCGAAGGGCAAACAGUAUCGCCUUGUAUCUGUGCCAUAUUCCGCGGAUAUUGCCUCCGUCUUUGUGCUGGAUGCCACCACAAUGGCGCGCCCGGACAGUCUUGUGCCACAAUCGAGCUAUGUGCGUCUGCAACACAUCUGCUCCAACACCUGGGUUCAUGCCACAUCCAUACCAAUCGAUGCAGAUGACGAUAAGCCGGUCAUGUCAAAGGUCUGCUGCUCACCCAUAAAGGAGGAUAAAGAGGCCUUCGCUUUGAUACCUGUAUCCCCAGUGGAAGUGCGUGAUUUGGACUUUGCCAAUGAUGCCUGCAAAGUGCUGGCCACUGUCACUAGCAAACUGGACAAUGGCAGCAUCUCGAUCAAUGAGCGACGUGCGUUAAUCUCACUAUUGCAGGACAUUGUCUACUUCAUUGCGGGCAUGGAGAACGAACAGAACAAGACCAAGGCGCUGGAGUUUACCAUCAAGAAUCCGAUACGCGAUCGGCAGAAGCUGCUUCGCGAGCAAUACAUUCUCAAGCAGCUGUUCAAGAUACUCCAGGGACCAUUCCAGGAGCACACUGCAGGCGAUGGACCAUUUCUGCGACUGGACGAGCUCAGCGAUCCGAAGAACAGUCCCUACAAGAACAUUUUUCGGCUGUGCUAUCGCAUACUGCGUCUCUCGCAGCAGGACUAUCGCAAGAAUCAGGAGUAUAUAGCCAAACACUUUGGCUUGAUGCAGAAGCAGAUCGGCUACGAUAUACUCGCCGAGGACACCAUCACAGCUCUGCUGCACAACAAUCGCAAGCUGCUGGAGAAGCACAUCACGGCUGCAGAGAUCGAGACAUUUGUGGGUCUGGUGCGCAAGAACAUGCACAACUGGGACUCGCGUUUUCUCGACUACCUCUCCGAUCUGUGCGUCUCGAAUCGCAAAGCGAUUGCCGUCACCCAGGAGCUGAUCUGCAAGAGCGUGCUCAGCGACAAGAAUGUAGACAUUUUGAUCGAUACACAAGUGAAAGCGUUACGUGGUGGCGCCGCUGUACGUUGCUACAAAGGCGCCUCGGAGGAUGUUUGCUUAGCCACGCUCACUGAAGUUGCUGGCGACGAUGAGGAUCGCUCCGAUGUGCAGUCCACUUCGACCACCACCACCUGGGACAGUGCGAGCUUGAAUGACGACGAUGCCAUUUCGCCAGGCGAAAAAUACGAGAUACACUUGCAGUGGAAGGGUCAACCGUCUUCGCGUUCGAUGGCGGAUCUAGCCAACUGCGUAGCCGAUGGCUGUGAACAGGAAGCGGCCAUAUUAAACUAUUAUCGCCAUCAACUAAAUCUGUUCUCCAACAUGUGCCUCAAUCGUCAGUAUCUGGCUCUGAACAGACUGUCGCCCCAACUAGACAUUGAUUUGAUACUAAAAUGCAUGUCAGAUGAAACUAUGCCAUAUGAGCUGCGUGCCUCCUUCUGCAGGCUGAUGUUGCACAUGCAUGUCGAUCGUGAUCCGCAGGAGCCUGUGACGCCUGUGAAAUAUGCGCGACUUUGGAGUGAAAUACCCUCCAAGAUGUCCAUAAUGGACUACGAUGGCAAGAAUCAGCAGCCGGAUCAGAAUAAACAGGCAUGUCGUGCCAAAUUCAACACAACUAUUGCAUUUGUAGAGAACUAUCUGUGCAAUGUGGCGACCAAGGCGUGGCUUUUUACGGAUCAGGAACAGAACAAACUGACCUUCGAGGUCGUAAAACUAGCCCGAGAUUUGAUCUACUUUGGCUUCUACAGUUUCAGCGAUCUGCUGCGUUUGACCAAGACGCUGCUCUCCAUUCUAGACUGCGUUUCAGAGACAACAACUGGUGGCGCCUUUGUAAACACGGAUAUUGAUUCUGAGGGCGGCGUGCUGCGCUCCAUUGGUGACAUGAGCACAGUGAUGACAUCGUUGGCGCUAGGAUCUGUUGGUCAAGCGAUUGCGGCUCCCUCUAUAGCGCUGCAGCAACGCAAGUCUGUCUCGCAGCUGAUGAAAGAAUAUCCGCUGGUCAUGGACACUAAGCUCAAGAUUAUAGAAAUUCUUCAAUUCAUUCUGGACGUGCGUCUCGACUAUAGAAUCAGUUGCCUGCUGUCGAUAUUCAAGCGUGAAUUCGAUGAGUCUGAAGUGGUUGCUCAGGGUCAAACUACCACCACACCAGUCAACGAGGAUCCUUCACAGCAGCAACCACAACCGACGCCGCCUGCCAGUGCUGGCACCACAGAUUCGGAGCAGAUUGCGGCCGCCGAGGCAGCUAUGGCUGCAGCCGCAGCGGCUGCUUCAGCGGCAGCGGCGCGUCAGAAGAACAUUGAUCUGGAAUCGAUUGGAGUGCAGGCGGAGGGUAUCUUCGAUUGCGAACGCAGCGAUGCCGCCAAUUUGGAUUUGGAUGGACAAGGUGGACGCACUUUUCUACGUGUGCUGCUGCACCUGAUCAUGCAUGAUUAUGCGCCUUUGGUUUCGGGAGCACUGCACCUGCUCUUCAGGCACUUUAGUCAGCGGCAGGAGGUGUUGCAAGCCUUUCGCCAGGUGCAACUGCUUGUCUCGGACAGCGAUGUGGAGUCCUACAAGCAAAUCAAAUCAGACUUGGACAUCUUGCGACAGAGUGUGGAGAAGUCAGAGUUGUGGGUCUACAAGGCCAAGGCGACAGAUGAGCUGGGCACCGAUGCUGUGGGAGGUGCGGAUAGUUUGGAGUAUGAUGCCACUCUAUCACCAGAACAGCGCAGCGAGUAUCAGAAGGUCAAGGAGAUCCUUAUACGCAUGAACAAGUUCUGCGUAACAGCAGGUCCCAUUGUGAAGCCACGCAAGCAUGAGCAGCGACUGCUGCGCAAUGUGGGAGUCCACACCGUGGUCCUAGAUCUGCUGCAGAAUCCCUACGAUGAAAAGGACGAUGUGCUGAUGAAGGAGCUCAUGUGUCUGGCUCAUGAAUUUCUGCAAAACUUUUGCCUUGGCAAUCAGCAAAAUCAAGUGCUGCUUCACAACCAUCUCGACUUGUUCCUUAAUCCAGGCAUACUCGAGGCGAAGACCGUGUGCGCCAUCUUCAAGGAUAACCUGGCACUUUGCAACGAGGUGACCGACAAGGUGGUUCAGCACUUUGUGCACUGCAUUGAGAUCCAUGGCCGGCAUGUGGCCUACUUGCAGUUCCUGCAGACAAUCGUCAAGGCAGAGAAUCAAUUCAUACGCAAGUGCCAGGACAUGGUGAUGCAGGAGCUUAUCAAUGCCGGCGAAGAUGUGCUGGUGUUCUACAACGACAAGACAUCGUUCCAUCACUUUGUGCAGAUGAUGCAACAGCAGCUACAGCGACGCACACAACUGCCCGACGACAGUCCGCUCAAGUAUCAUGUGGAGCUGGUCAAGCUGCUCGCCUGCUGCACCAUGGGCAAGAAUGUCUACACGGAGAUCAAGUGCAACAAUCUUAUAUCUCUCGAUGACAUUGUAACGGUCAUUUGUCAUCCUCUCUGCAUGCCAGAAGUAAAAGAGGCUUAUGUCGAUUUCCUCAAUCAUUGCUACAUUGAUACCGAAGUGGAAAUGAAGGAGAUUUAUGCAUCCGGUCACAUGUGGAGUCUCUUUGAAAAAAGUUUCCUCGUCGAUCUCAAUCAAUUGAUAUCGAAUACUACGGCCACAGCAAACAAGACGCUGCUGGCUUAUGUACUCAAUGGUGUUACCAACUUACUAAGCAGCUUCUUCUCCAGCCCCUUCUCCGAUCAGAGCACGAUCAUCCAGUCGCGGCAAGUGAUCUUUGUGCAGCUCCUGCAGGCAGCCUAUCGUCUUACCCAAUGCAAAUGGUUGUCGCUGGCCGAUCGCUUCAAUGUGGAGAACUGCAUACGCACGUUGACCGAGUCGGCGAAGAUGCGCAGCAUUGUGUUGCCACUAGAGCUGGAGCAACAGGUGGCAAACAUGUCAAGCAAGACGGCGAUGCUGACGCGUCAAACAACCAAAUGGCUGCUGGCCUCCAAGCAGCCCAAAUACGAGACGCAACAAUCCGCCAAUCUGAUGCGCUGGGAUCGCUCUAUUAUUGAGGGAUUGCAGGACAUUGUCUCGCUACUAGAGGAUCAACUAAAGCCGGUCGUUGAAGCGGAACUCUCUCUGCUGGUCGAUAUACUCUAUCGCUCUGAGCUGCUCUUUCCCGCUGGCACCGAGGCGAGAAAACGUUGUGAAAGCGGCGGCUUUAUACGCAAACUGAUCAAGCACACCGAGAAGCUACUCGAGGAGAAGGAGGAGCGCAUGUGUGUCAAAGUACUGCGUACGCUACGCGAAAUGAUGGCCAUCGAUGUCAACUAUGGCGAAAAAGGUGACGCAUUGCGCCAGACGUUGCUACUACGCUAUUUCCAGACCAAGAGCGCGCCUAAGCUAGAGGAAGAACACUCGCAACUACCAGCUGCGGCAGCGAUUGCUGCUGCGGCUGCCGCUGCAGCUGCCUCCGAUCCGGCCAAGCAGCUGCACCUAGUCACCCAUGGACCGGGUGCCAAGUAUUUGGCACGUGCCGGCAAAACGUUGCACGAAAUGCAGAAUCAUUUGGAUCGCGAGGGUGCGUCCGAUUUAGUCGUCGAACUGGUCAUCAAAUCGGUGCAUUCGCCCAACAUCUUUGUGGAGGCUGUCGAACUGGGAAUCGCGCUGCUUGAGGGCGGCAAUCCCAUCAUACAGAAGGGCAUGUUCCAGAAGUUUCUCAGCGAUGAUCUAAAUCAGGCCUUCUUCAAGGUGUUCUUUGAGAAGAUGAAGGAUGCCCAGCAGGAGAUCAAAUCAACGGUCUCCGUCAACACCACAGACAUUGCGGCAAAGGCGCAUGAGCACAAGCAAGACGCCAAUAUGGAGCUGGACAAGAUCUCGCGCAAGCAUGGCAUAAAGAGCAAUGGUGUCGUUAUAACGGAUGAAUUGAAACGAGAGCUACAUAACGCAGGUUUGGCCACGGCGCGAGCCUAUGGCAAUGCUCGGAAUAUACACUCGGGCGAGGAGAGUUCAGCGAUCAGUGUGAAUAGUCCACUCGAGGAUAUACUUGCUGAGAAACUAGAGAAGCAUCGCGACACCAAGGAGCAACGCAAUCAGCUGUCCAACAAGGUUCUUGUGAUGCAACCCAUUCUACGUUUUCUCCAACUGCUUUGCGAGAAUCACAAUCCUGAUCUACAGAAUCUGUUGCGCAAUCAAAACAACAAAACCAACAACAAUCUUGUUUCUGAGACACUCAUGUUUCUUGACUGCAUCUGUGGCUCAACCACGGGCGGCCUUGGGCUACUUGGACUUUACAUCAACGAGCACAAUGUGGCGCUCAUCAAUCAAACACUGGAGACGCUCACCGAGUACUGUCAGGGACCGUGCCAUGAGAACCAGAACUGCAUUGCCACACACGAAUCGAACGGUUUGGACAUUAUUACGGCCUUGAUAUUGAACAACAUUAAUCCGCUGGGUGAGAAUCGCAUGGAUCUGGUGUUGGAGCUCAAAAAUAACGCUUCGAAGCUGUUGCUGGCCAUUAUGGAGAGUCGCGGCGACAGCGAGAAUGCCGAGCGUAUUCUCUACAACAUGAAUCCCAAGCAGCUGGUCGAAGUCGCUUGCAAGGCUUAUCACCAGGAGGAGCUAAUCGACGAGCAGGACGAUGCGGAUGAGCCCAGCGCAGCCACAGAUGACGAUGAUGCAACGGUCAGUCCACGCGAGGUGGGACACAACAUUUAUAUACUCUGCCAUCAGCUGGCACAGCACAACAAGGAAUUGGCAGCACUCUUGAAGGCCUCCGAGGAUCCUCAAUCGGCCAGUUUUGAUGCCAAGACAAGUCAGGCUCUGAUGUAUUAUGCCACUCACACAGCUCAAAUUGAAAUCGUUCGCAAUGACCGCACUCUGGAGCAAAUUGUAUUCCCCAUACCCGAAAUAUGCGAGUAUCUAACCACAGACACGAAAAUUAAAAUACUUAACACGGCCGAACGUGAUGAUCAGGGAUCCAAGGUGGCAGAUUUCUUUGACAAGGCCGAGGAGAUGUUCAACGAGAUGAAGUGGCAAAAGAAACUGCGAAGUCAGCAGUUACUCUUCUGGAUUAGCAGCUAUAUGUCAUUGUGGAGUAACAUACUCUUUAAUUGCGUGGUCGUCAUCAAUAUGAUUGUGGCUUUCUUCUAUCCCUUUGACAACACUGUGCCAGAACUCAGCUCGCACAUUUCUCUGCUAUUUUGGGCCAUAUUGAUAUUCUCGCUGGUAAUUGUGAUAACGCUUCCCCGCGAAUCGGGGAUACGCACAUUCAUUGGAUCUGUAAUACUCCGAUUUAUAUUUAUGCUGGGUCCAGAAUCGACACUCUGCCUAUUGGGCGUUGUCACGGUGACUCUGAAGAGCGUUCAUAUUGUGAGCAUAAUGGGUAACAAAGGCACGCUAGAGAAACGCUUCCUUAAGAUCAUCACUGAUGUUCAGCUGCUCUAUCACUGCAUUUAUAUAGCAUUUUGCUUCUGUGGACUGAUCUUCCAUCCGUUCUUCUACUCGCUGCUGCUCUUUGAUGUCGUCUACCGUGAGGAAACUCUGGUUAACGUUAUUCGCUCUGUAACUCGAAACGGUCGCUCAAUCGUUUUGACUGCGGUUUUGGCAUUGAUAUUGGUUUAUCUAUUCUCCAUUAUUGGCUACAUGUUCUUCAAAGAUGAUUUCCUCGUUUCUGUUGACUUUGAGGAGGAAACUACAACGCCUGUCACUAUCUCGAUGCCUGCGUCCUUAGAAGAGACAUGCGCCAAGCCAGAUGAGCUUGGUGGCUGCAAUGGGAACCCCUCACAGCAGGUGGCUACUAAUGGCGAUGCCAAAGAACGUUCCUGUGACUCGCUAGUCAUGUGCAUUGUGACAACUUUGAACCAAGGAUUGCGCAAUGGAGGCGGCAUUGGCGAUAUACUCCGAGCACCAUCCAGCAAGGAGGGUCUCUUCGUAGCACGCGUAAUCUAUGAUUUGCUGUUCUUCUUUAUUGUCAUCAUUAUCGUGUUGAAUUUAAUCUUUGGUGUGAUUAUCGAUACCUUUGCCGAUCUGAGAUCAGAGAAGCAGCAAAAGGAAGCGAUAUUGAAGACAACUUGCUUCAUUUGUUCCUUGAAUCGCUCCGCGUUCGAUAACAAAACGGUCAGCUUUGAGGAGCAUAUCAAAAGCGAACACAAUAUGUGGCAUUACUUGUACUUCAUUGUACUGGUCAAGGUUAAGGAUCCCACAGAGUUUACUGGACCCGAGAGUUACGUAUACGCCAUGGUGAAGGCCGGCAUAUUGGAAUGGUUUCCACGAUUACGGGCCAUGUCGCUGGCCGCUGUCGAUGCCGAUGGCGAACAGAUCGAACUGCGCAGCAUGCAGGCCCAGUUGCUGGAGACACAGCUGCUGAUCAAGAACCUUUCGACACAGCUGCACGAGCUCAAGGAUCACAUGACGGAACAACGCAAACAGAAACAGCGAUUGGGACUGCUCAACACGACGGCCAGAGAGCCAGAAAUUAGAUAUUGAGAAAAUAGGGGUUAACGCAAGACUUAGCAUAGCACAGAAAUCAAAUGAAAUCAAGUCGAUUGAAUUUAAAACAUUCCCUUGUGUAGAUCAUGCACUACAUAGAAGUUAACUUAAAAGUAUUCGACACUACUUUCCACUCGUAAUUUGUUCCAAUCUCAGUUAGUAGUUGGUCACUCGGGAAGCCCCAUUAUAAAAUGUUAUAAUUCCGUUUGUUUUUAGAAGAAAACUUGGGGAUCUUUUACUGCUCCAGACCAUAUACUAUUUGUAUCCAAUCUGUAUUACUUAUAAUCGAAUGCCAGUAAAACAUUUUCUCAAGACAGUUUAUUGACUCGACCAUUUCGAAGUAAAAAAUCAAAAAUGAAAAAACCAUGUACUUUAACUAAGAAAAGUACCUUCAUAUAUAACUAGUACACUCACUCAGAGAACUUAGGGCUGUUAAAAUGUUAUUUAGUGGAUUUCUUGAUCCGCAUUUCCACAAGUUGUUCUCCUAUCCCCCAACUAUUUCUACAACCUUUUUAUACCCACUUUAUAUACACUGUUUCAAUGGCAAUGUGUCGCAAAGCGACUUGGAAAAUUUACUUAAUUGUUAAUUUGAGCUGUUUUUAAGUUACUUAUUCAUUAUUUUGUUAAUUAUAUAUAAACAUACAAACGUAAUUUGUAAAUUACAAUAAUUAUCAUCAAAUCCACAGUUGCAAUCAAGAAAUCAAACAGAAAACUAAUCAGUUAUAGUGAUUAUACGUUCCCUUAUAUAUUCACCGUUUCGAAUUGUUUAUUACCAUGUACUCGAUGCGAGUUUUGUUGGUUAAUUUUAUUAUAAGCUAACAAUUAAUUAAUAUUCCUAAGAAUCUGUUUAAUACUUAAGCUAUUUUAAUAAAAAGAAAUU